GAUGGAAAUACGAUGUCUUAAUGAGACGGGCAGUGCAGGAGGAUAAUGACAGUGAUACCAUUAGCACAGGGUCCUCCCGGCCACUUCAACCCCUACUCUGAGAGGAAGCCUGUGAGAAAACAAUAAGGGAUGUUUCCUUGUCACAUAGACCAUUAUAAUGCGGGCUGUGAUAAGAGCGAUAACAACCUGCCUGCCAUGCUGUGCUAUUCUGGGAGGAGUGGGCUUUGGAAAAACAGGAUAUCCCCCUUUGUUUUGAUAAACAAAGACUUUGAAAGAUGCUGUCCUUCCCCUUGAGGCUACAUGUAUGUCACAGCUGGAUGGGUAUAGACCAAACUCCAAGGAGGAGAAGUGGUCAGCGUAGCAAGAGUGUGUUAAUGGAACGCAUUCAGUGGUGGAUGGUGGACAUGAAGAUCGAGGCUCUGUCAAAGAAGCGUGAGGAGUUAAGAGUCAUACUCCAUGACGGCAGCAGCAGCGCGAAGCAAAAGGACAAGGAGCUCCCCGCCCAGACAGAAGCUGAGACUCUCCGCCAAGAGGUGGAGGAGGUCCACGGAGAGCUCCAGUUUCAGGCCUCAACUGGUCCAGUGCAGGCAAGAAGGCCACCACAAAACCCCUGGGGGAAGGAGCUGACUCUUAAAAAGCACCUGCAGGAAACUAACUACCAUCUCCAGCAGGGAAAAGAAAAGAGGUUGAUGGCGGAGCUUAACAGAGCCAUCGACAGGAGCAGCCUCCGGGAGACGGAGAAGAAACAGGAGGAGCAGAGCUUGAGACUCAAGCGUGAAAAGGAGGUGCAGAGGCCCAAAGACGAUAUUAAAAAUUUGAGUCUGUCCUCCAGAGUGCUUUCAGCUGAGCCCCUGGAUGAGUCGAAAAACACUAUAAAUAACACUGAGGAAAAAAAAGAGGAGCUCAUAAGGGACUUGAAAGAGCUGCAAGGUGUUGUUGUAGACACAGCUUUAGUGUACUUAAAUACAAAAGACUCCUAUAUUUUCAUUAGCAGGGCAGCACAAAUCUCCAUUACAUGUAUUUAUAAUAUAAAUCUACUUUUUAAAACCAAUAGUAAGCAUCACAUAAAGAAAGCGCAAAAUACAAGAAUCAAUAGGGUAUGCAGGAUAUAUAGUAAUGCUAAAAACACAAAUACAAUACAAAGGUUGGGUGAGUUUUGAUUUGCUGGAUUCUGUGCAAAAUCAGUUGACUGGGGCGUUAAACUUUGGGAACCUGAUGUUUUGCCCUGGUUGGUUGCCCUGCCUGCUGCUUACACUGGUACUAACAUCAGCGUUAGUGCUCAGCUACAUCAUACAUUGCCUUGUUGGCAAUUAAAGAAAUUGUUUGACAUUUUGGGAAAUGCGCUUAUUUGCUUUCUUGCCAAGAGUUAAAUGAGAAGAUCUAUACCACUCUCAUGCGCUAAGUGUGGCGCCAGAGCCAGGAGACAAUUAGCUUAGCUUAGCAUACACAGCUAGCCUUGCUCUGUCCAAUGUAAAAAAAAAAAUCUGCCUACCUACACCUCUAAAGCUCAAUUAUUAACAUCUCAUUUGUUUAAAUCUGUACACAAACAAAAAUGUAAAUGUAUCAAAAACGGUUUUUGAGAGUGGAAUUGAUCUUUUCAUCUAACUGACAGCAAGAAAGCGAAUAAGUGUAUUUCCCAAACUGUUGAACGAUUCCUUUAAGUAAAUGUUAAAAUUAAAUCAAUAUUUAAUGGAAACUUGCCUAGUUACCAAUGAAUAUUGCCAAGAUGUAUUAGUCUAUAAGUCUAGACAAUUAGAUAUAAACAUAUUUUAUUUAAUGAGACAUUCUCCCAUGGUACUUAUGUACAAGUAUGCUCAUGGGGUAUUUUUUUCUUAAUUGCUUGCUGAUUUGCACUUGCUUCAUGUAGAGGUGCUGAUGUUGGGUUAUUACCUGUGUGUCCCCUAAAAGUAAAUGGUGUUGAGUUAAACAACAA